ACAAAUUGUUUGCAAUAACAACAAAUAUCUAUAAAAUACCGUUUUGGUGUUAAAAUAGCAUAAUCUAAUAUAUAACUAAGCGCUUAAUAAAUAUUAAAAAUAAAAAACUAAUUCUUUCGAAAUGGCACUUAAGUAUUUGAUUUUCGCUUCUGCGCUCUGCCUCACCAUGGCUUCACCCAUAGGCCACUACUAUGAGGAACAAGGUGGCUAUGAGGAACUCGGCGGACAUGAACUUGGCGGUCAAGAGCUUGGUGGCCACGAUCUUCACCAAAUCGAACGCGUUUCGUUGGGCGAGGAACAUCACGGUUACGAGCACGAGGAAGAGCAUGUGGAUUACUAUGCUCCACCAAAAUACGCUUUCAAAUACGGCGUGAAUGACUUCCACACCGGAGAUGUGAAAUCGCAACAUGAAUCGCGCGAUGGUGACUCCGUUAAAGGCCAAUACUCCUUGGUUGAACCAGACGGCUCCAUCCGCACCGUGGACUACACAGCGGACAAACACAACGGCUUCAACGCUGUCGUGCACAAAACCUCACCGGUACACCACGAGGAAGGACAUUAUUAAGCAAAUUUGAAGGCAUAAACGAUUUAAAUGUAAUUGAAGCCAAGCUUAGCAACAGCGGCAGCAGCAGAAAUAUAGUACUUAGUUGUAAAUUCCAAACGUAUUAGCUAAAUUAUAAAAUGACUGGAAAGUUGAAAGGGAACACACAACAAACAAGCUGAGAUUACUUAAUAUACACAACUAGAUUUUCAUUACUCAAUCACAAAAUAUUCACUUCAACUGCCAUCUAAGAAAAUUUUGACUGUCUACGGUAGAAUUUUAGUUUUUUCUCAUAUGGACUUUAGCGUAUAUGUCUUUACUUUAUAUAUGUAUAUGUAUAAAUAUGAUUUCUUUUUAACGAGUUGGAGACACUGUGAUAGCGUUAAUAUUCUAACUCAUUCGACUGUUCAUUACUCUAACCAUUUGCCAUUCGCCAUUAGCACUAUUAUCACCUCUAUGUAUGUAUAUAUGUUUGUAUGUAAUUUUAAAUCUACUUUAUUUUCAAACUGUAAUUAGUCACUAUCUUUUAUUAAACGGUACUUUAACUAUGAA